CUUUGAAAAUAUUGAGGUUACUUUUUCACUUGCUGCUGUCAUUUAGCUCUGCAAAUCUUUGUGGUUUGAGCUGAAAAUGGAGAGGGAUUUCUUGGGUUUGAGUCCAGAGAAGAGCUGUGUAACUGUGAAAGAGGAAGCCAGUGUUGAACCCAAGAAUUCAGUAGUACCAAGAAGCUCAAAUUCAGGUAUGCAGUGGUCAUUUUCAAAAAAGGGUUCUGGAUCUCAUCAGUUCCUAUCUUUCACAGCUCCUCAGGAAGAGAUGCCAAGAAAAGGUGUUCACGACACAUCUUCAUUCAUGACUAUAUCAACUGCUGAUGCUUUUGAUUCUAGCCAGAAAUCAUUCUCCGGUGCAAUCCAGAAAAAUUUCAUUCAUGAGAAGCAGGCUGGAAACUACUAUGGGAUGAAAGUCUAUCCUAUGCAACACCGAAGCACCUAUCAAGUAAUUCCUAUUUCAUUGAGUACUCCUGUUCUACAACACAAUAAUUUUGGGCCGAAAGUCAUGGUUGGUUCAACAAUCAAACCACAGUCGUUUGCAGGAGUUCCGAUUAUAACCCCUAUAUCUGCUCUUCCGUCUAAAUGUUCGGUAGUUGGUACCACUGAUCUCAGGAAUGUAUCCAACUCUUCAGCGGUGCCUGCUCAGCUAACAAUUUUCUAUGCUGGUGCUGUGAAUUUAUAUCAUGAUAUAUCCCCUGAGAAGGCCCAUGCUAUUAUGUCGCUGGCUGGAAAUGGAUCUUCUCCAGCUCUGAAUAAGCUACCUUCCACAGCUCAAGUGCAAACACCAUUCACUAGUCCUUCCAUAGGUGAUGGCUUAUUUGGGAACCAGUCUCAUAUUGCAUCAUCAAUCUCUGGCGUGGCAAGCCCUCUUUCUGUGACGUCACAUGCGAGUUCUUGCCCAGGAGGAGCAUUUAGUAGCAGCAAUGCAAUAACUGUGUCAAAACCGGAGCAUUCUAAAGUGGCAUCACAAUCUGUUAUGAGUAACCUCAUUCGAGCAGUACCUGUGCCUCAAUCUCGUAAAGCUUCCUUGGCUCGGUUUUUUGAGAAGCGCAAGGAAAGGAUGACGAGCACAUUGCCAUACAAUCUCAGCAAAAAAGCUCCAGACUGCAGCACACCAGGUUCCGAGGGCAUGACAAUCUCUUUCAACUCUUCAGCUUCCUAACCUCCGAGAAGAAGACUCCAAGUCUUCUCAAUUCUUCAACACAUUCUAAGCAGAUGUUGGAUGAUUCAAUUUUUUACCAAUCACUUUUCUUUCCUUACUUUGUAUGAUCACUUUACGACCUGAAGGUAUAGGUAAAUAUGACAGAUAUAUAGAUAUAUAUGGUCCAGGUGUUUCAAUUUUUACUUCCCCCAUUGUUGUAAAAAUAAAUAAAACACACACACAUAUUUACUUUGCAUUGAAGGUCAAUUUACUGGUCAUAUUUUUAUUUGUAUUAAUAUUGUUGUAAGACUUGUACCAUUCACAAUUUUACACUAACAGAAAAAUGUCAGAAAACAAAACAAUAUUUCCG